UCAUCAAUUUCUCCAGAUUUAUAACAAUAUAUAUGUAAAAUUAGCAUUUUGGGCUUUUUUUGUUUUGUUUUGGUUUUUUCUGAUUCCUUAUGUUUUUCCCAAAUGAAUGUAUCGGACUUAAAAAGGUAUAAAACAAUUUUUUAACAUGGGCCACCAAACAUGCAACUAAAAGGGUGCGUAUUGUAAUUAAGCCGCCUCUUCUUCGCACAGCAAGUGUCUGCAAUUGAAGAUUCGCCGCAGUUGCAAGCACAAGUGAGAGCCUUGAACUUCAAAUCCAUACAAGCUUUUGAAUUUGCUCUGAAGAAACAACAACAACCCAGAUCUGCAUAUUUACUGGGCAUGACGAGCCCUGCCUUUUGUUAACCGGACGGAAGAGUUGUAGAUCGAGUCGGAUCGACACAGAUCGAACAAAAUCAAAUGGAAUUGGAUCGGAGUUGAUAGUGGAGGACACGUGCAACAUGGAGAACUCAGGGGAGAAGCGGAUUCUAGAGGAGUAUGAUAAGAUUGAACGCAAUCCCUCGGACGAUUUCAAGUUCCGCAAGCUCGAUUGGAACUCAUAUGAAUGGCAAGGUGCACUGAGAGGCCCUUCUGGAACUGAAUUCGAGGGUGGGAUUUAUCAUGUGCGGCUCCUGUUUCCGAAGGAAUACCCAUGGAAGGAACCUUCAUUCAUCUUUUUGACGGAAAAUGGUUCCUUCAAUAUCAAUACCAAGGUGACAUUAAACUGGAAGCCAUCAAUGAGGGUGCGAGAUGCUUUACUUGAACUUAUUGCUUUAAUGCCCACCUGCCCAGAUGGUAAUUUGGAUUCAGUAAAAGACAAGGAAGAAAGGCGUGAUCUGGCCAAGAAAUCUCGUGCCGCAGCCCCAAAAUUUGGCAGUUAUGAACGUCAGAAGUUGAUUGAUGUGAAUCAUGACUAUAUGCAAAGGGAUGUUCCUCAACUCCAACUGACGGGAAACACUUCCCUGACACAGAGAUGUGAGGAAGAGGUGGUUGUGGAUCGAGUCGGAUCAACACAGAUGGAAUCGGAUCGGAGUGUGAUAGUGGAGGACAAGUGCAACAUAAAGAACUCAUUGGAGAAACGGAUUCUAGAGGAGUAUAAUGAGAUUAAAUCCAAUCCCUCCUAUGAUUUCACGUGCCUCACGCAGGGGUGGAACAAAUAUGAAUGGCAAUUUGCAAUCAGAGGCCCUAGUGGAACUGAAUUCGAGGGUGGGAUUUAUCAUGGGAUGGUCCAGUUUUCAGAGGGAUACCCAUCGAAGCCUCCUUCAAUUGUGUUUUUGACGAAAAAUGGUUGCUUCGAAAUCAAGACCAGCAUCAGCUUAAGGCUAUUAUCGAACUGGCAGCCAUCAUGGAGUGUGCGAAAAACUAUACUUGCAUUUAUUGAGGAAAUGGCUAACUACCCAAAUGGUGAAUUGGUUUCAGUAGAAAACAAUCGGGAAAAAAGGCGGGAUCUGGCCAUCAAAUCUUGUGCAGCAGCCCCAACAUAUGGCACUUCUGCACGUCAGGAGGUAAUUGAUGGGAUUCAUGAAUAUAUGCUAAGCAAGGCACCACUUGUUCCUGUUUCUCAACUGAGCCCUGUGAGCAAUGGCACAGGCGGCGGCUCUGUCGUCAACAACAUCGUUGGGAAUACAUUUAAUGUUCACGGUUCCAAACAGUCGUUUUUUGAGGCCGUAGGGCGGACUAUAAAUCCGGUGAAUGGAGCGACGAGGCUUCUUGAGUGGGAAGUGGGAGGUGGCCAGGCGGUGGUGGAGUGCUACUCGACGGCAUGCUGGAGCCACUUCUUGAGUACAUCACUCGUGACGACCACCACAAUUGCGUUCAUGAUCAUCAUGUUCGACUAUAACAACAUAUCAUUGUAGUGGUAAUAAUUUGAAGGG